UGAACGUUUUGCAUAGUGCGAAGAAAUUACUGAUAUGGCUGUAACUAAUUUACCAAGAGUUCCGGAAGGUCUUAGAGAUCUGGUGAAAACCUAUACUAAGGAAGUUUUACGCGAAAAACCCAAAGAUCUAUACAAAUUCUCAGUAGAUUAUUUUGAGAACCUAGCGGGUACAAGAAAAAUUCAGCGAAAGGUGAUGAAAUACGAAUCCCAACAAAGUUACGAAACCAUCAUGAAAAACCGUACCCGACAGCAAAUACCAUUGUCCCUUGCAUUUCAUAUAAUUCCUGAAAAUCUGACCGAAGUAAUCAAACAGUUCAUCAAAGCCGUCCUGAGAGAGAAUCCACAAUAUUUAGUUCUAUUCGCAAUAGAUUAUUUUAAAAAUCUUCAAGCUUCGUCAUCGAAACUGGGAGAUAUUCAGUAUACAGCUUAUGAAAAGUUUAUGGAAAAAAAUGAGAGCAAGUCGCCGGCACGCAAGGUGACUAAAUGUGAAUGUGGACGUAUUCUCAGCUCGACGGGUGGGAGACCAGAAGUAAUUCAAAACGAUACGCCUGAUGAGGAUCAACAAUUCGAAAAGUUCAAUAAAAACGACCAGUACAUAAAAGCUGUGUACAUCAUUCAGAAAUAUAUUCGACAAUAUUUAAAACACAAAGCAGAAAAGUCAAGUCAAGUUAAGGUUACUUCGAAAUCUGCAGAUAUUUAUGGAAGCCAAGAAGUCUUAAAUGCCAUUUUAAUAAUUCAAAGACAAUUUCGCCGUUUAAUAAUCAAAAAACGAUCCAAAGCCUCCGCGGAAACGAAGCAAACAAAUGAAGGACGUUACGAUUCUUUAAAAUAUAUGAAGGCCACACUUAUUAUACAACGAUACAUGCGAGAAUAUUUCAGAAAGAAGAAAUCGAAGAAGCAGGCGUUAACCAAAUCUAAGGAUUCUACUCCUGAUAACAAUAUUUCCAUGACAACCGCAGCAUUCGUCAUUCAAAGAGCAUUUCGCAGGAUGGUUAGGGCGCGAAGAGGCAAAAGACAUAUAAAUGCUGACCUCGAUCAAUGCGAUGAGAUGAAUGACAAUGCUUCCGAAGCAGCAUCUUAUACGUCCGCCUCUACUGCUCUUCUUUCAACAGAGUCAGCAGGUGAACAUGAUUUUGGGAGCACUAAUGAAGAGGGCGUCCAUCAACAAACUAUCAAGGAAGAUGAAGAAGUUGAGAACGAUGACACAAACCGAAAGAUGAUAUUUGGGACAGAUUCGAUAAAAACAAAUACAAAAUCUGCAAGUCAUAGCGGAGAAGCCAAAAAUAAUAAUGACAACUUUAAUGAAACAGAAGACGAACAGAUAGACAAACACUUUGGGACAAAGACCUGUAAUGAGUUGGAAAAGCCUACUACAGACAAUGAUAUUUCAAAGAACUUGCAACUUGGAAAAAUUGGACAUGAUGAAAACAUUAAAAUCAUUUUAAUAGAAGAAAGUACAAACCCAUCAAACAUAGAUAUUUUAGAGCCUGAACAACAUAAAGCAAACACAAUACAGUUUAGAAAUGAGAUAUUAACGUUGGAAACAACAAGUGACCUAGGCAAUCAGAAUUCAAGAGCAAGAGCAGUUUCAUCAUCUGUUAGCAACAAUGAGAAUGUCGCCACCACUCAUUCAGACCUUAUUGAUGAUGAGAAUAGAAACGAAACCCAAUUAGCAGAACAUAGUGAGAAGCAUUUGCUUAAAACUGACGAAUUUAAAAAGAGUUCGAUAAUAAAAAGAGAAAGCCUCAAUGAUGACAAUCGAAUUUUUGAGAGCGCGCAAACUAUUGAAAUGGAUGGACUUGAGGACCACAAUGUAAUUACAUCCAACAAUGUUACAAAAGAAUCAAUCCCUGAAUCAAGUUCCAAAAUACAAAGCUUGAAGUCCUUGACAGAGUCGGAAAAGAUCAGCAGUCCCAGUGGGAGCGAUAUUGAGUUGGUUUCCAAAAUUACAACUGAAUUGAAAGCUUCAUCAGAAUCUCUUAAAACAAGACUGCUGAGCACAGAUAUUUUAGAUCUAGAACAAAACGUUGAUCAAAAGCCUUUAGAUAGUAUAAUCACGACCUUGGAAGAAAGGUCUGCGGAUUCGUCAUCAAAAGCCACGAAACCUGCUAGCUUGGAGUCCAAUUAUGAUAAAUCAGCAAAUCAGAAUCAUCCAAUUUCGCCCACGCUAAAAUCCGUUGAGAGUGACAACGAUAAUCUCAUUAAUCAGAUAACAGACGAUAUCAUCAAUAAUAAUCCUAUCACUAAUCAAGUAAAUGAUACAGUAGAUGAAAAUAUAAAUAAACUUACUACGGUUGCUGAAAUUCCAGUGGACCCCCAAAUUCUUACUGUUAAUGAUGAGAUUAAUUCCGAUGCUAUUACCAACUCCCAAACUAAUAAUGGCAGUGAUAAGAUUAAUUCCGAUGCUAUUACCGAAAAUACUUUAAAUGAAAAUGAAAAAACCGAGGAAAGUAAAGUCGAUCCAGGCAAUAUAAUGGUAGAAGAAUCCUUGACCAAAUCAAGUUUCCAGGAAAGCUUGGAAUCCAAAGAAUACGAGAGUAUAAAAACACUCGAGCCUUCAAACUCUUUCAGCUCCAUUAAUAAGCAAAAUUCAGAAAUACCAACUGAUGCUAUAACUGAAAGUACUGUAACUGAAAUUGAGCAAACCGAGGAAAUUAAGUCCAAUCCAAGCAAUAUCCUGGAAGAAGAGUCUUUGACCAAAUCAAGUAUCCAAGAAAGAUUGGAGUCUCAAGAAAACGAGAAGAAAAAGUCGGCGUCUACAAACUCUGUCGGCUCCAUUGAUAAGCAAUAUUCAGAAAUAGAAACUGAUGCCAUUCCCAAAAAUACUUCAAAUGAAAAUGAGCAAACCAAGAAAAUUAAAGUCGAUAAACCAAAUUCAGAAAUAUCAACUGACGCAAAAACUUUAGGAGACUUACAUGAUUUGAGCCCAAUUGCCACAGAUAUUGUAGACCAAGAGCAAGGGCUUGAUCAAAAUAAGAUAACUAAUAUAAGCAAUGCAGCCCCAGAUCAUUGCCAGAAUGCAUCGACAGACACUAAAAAUACUCAAAGCCUGGAGAGCGCUAAUGACAACAUAGGAGAUCAGAAUCCCCAACAAAAAGGUGACAACGAAAAUUCCAUCACCCGAACUGCAUCAGAUAGUGACACGAAAAAUAUGGAUGACGGGGAUGACCCCAUUUCUCCCAAUAAAUCAACUUCAGAAAUCCAAUAUUCAAUUGAAGUAAAUAGCCUCCAGACAGUUUUAAAAAAUCUGCAUAGUCAAGCGAAGAAUACUAACAACGAUGCUCUUUCCGAAAAUACCACGUCGGAUAUCGCGGAUACUUUAUCUAAUUCGGAAUCCAAUGAAAAACUUUUUGACGAUCUUGGAACAUCAAUUAUUAUUCAUAGUGUCCUUCCUACCGAAGAUGAUUAUGAGUUAACCAUUGUGCCGCCAAGUAAAAUUGCUUUACUUGAAACCCUUGAUGGAAACAUAACGGAAAGCUCAGACUUAAAUAUAAUUGAAAGUCAAAGUAUCACUGAGAGCACUACAAGUGCAGACGACUUAACCGUAAUUGAGUUCCAGAAACCUUCAGAGGUUGAUAUCAGUGAUAAUAAGCCUCCUAAAAAAACAGUAGAUGAGAUUGUAGAAACAUCAAGCUCUGUGAAUAUGUCAGAAGAACAGAACAGUAUUCAAAAUGAUCAUCUUCUACCACCGAGCACAGAAAAGGAUGCGCAGAUUACUGUCCCUGAUAAUAUCGUCACUGAUAAAAUAGAUGAAAAAGUUGAUAAUUUUGUUGAAAAUGAUCAAAUACCAGAUACAGAAAUCAAUCCACCCAGUUCUAAUGAAGAUUCAAAUGAACCUGGAGAAACGAAUAUUAACAUAAUACCAAAAGUGGUGCAAAAAGAAAGCUUUGAUGAAAUCGAUUCAAAAACAGAAAAUGAAAAGGAAGAUUCAAUUCCAUUACAGGAGCCUGAAGAUACACAACAAAAGUUAACAGGAAUGGACACCGGGAUGUUGAGAUACAAAGAUGUUUCUAUGGAUAAAAAUUCAUUAACUCAGUCUGAGGCAGAGGCAGUUGUUAACAUUUCAUCUAAAGACGAGAAUACUGCGCAGAAUGCUCUAAACAACUUACUGGAGCCUGAGGGCAUACAAGUUGAGCAAAAUAUUGCACCGUCUGAUAUGGAAAUUGAAGCAAAUAAGACGGAAUCUUUAAAAUCUGAGAUAGAUUCAAUAAACCAUAAUGAGAAUGCUGAAAAGAAGAACGAAAACAUCAAGAGUUUAGAUAAUACAAGCGAAAAUGGACCUAUGAAAGUAAUACCGAACGAAUCAAGCGAUGGAUCGAAAAACGAAGAUCUUAUUUCUGAUCAGAACAAACCUUCGUUGCCUUUGAGUAAUCAAUUAAUUGGCUCCCAAAUCAGUAAGACGGCAUCCCAAAAAAUAAAAAAAAUGUCCAACGUUAAGGAUAAACAAUUAUCAAAUCAUACAUCGAACCGAUUAUUGCAGACGCCAAUUGCUGAAUUACAGCUAAAAUCAUUUAAGAACUCGACCGACGAAGGCUCGUGGUAUGAAGCUUACACGGAACCAAAUGAGUUGAAUAUGAAUACAAAUGAAUCCAGUAAUGCUAAAGAGUCUGACCAACAAAAUGCGCUCUUAGAAGAAAUAAAGUCAUCUAAGAAUAUUGAGCGAUCUCCAAGUUACAUAAAUGGAGCGCAAGAUGAAAACAAUGACCCAGUCAAGCCGAAACAAUCUAUUUGCUAUUUUAUUUCAUUCGAUGGCAACGAUGAUAGAACAAGUUUUAAGAUACCAAAAAAGUUCUUAAGGCAAUCAGAGUAUUGUAUCAAGAAAAAUCGUACAAAAUGUAAUAAAAGCAAGAUCUCUCUGGAUGAAGAAAACCUAGAUGAUUCGGUAAUUGAACUAAGUUACCAGGAAUUUGUUACUCCAAAGCUACAAACAAUCCAAGAACUGAACGAAAAUGAAGUAAGUACAGAGCUGAAAGUGGAUACGGAUAAAUCUGUUGCUAAUGUUCAAGCCGACUUCAAAGAAAUAGAAGAUAUUACAAGUAAUAUUGAAAAUGAACCAAUUCCCGGUAGCCAUGAUAACAAUAAACAAAAUCAAAAUAGACCAACUGAGCUUGACGGUCAAAAUCUUUGUUCUUCUUCUGAUAAUAUACAACUAACGAAUAGCGCUAACAUUAUAAAGAGGGCUUAUAGAGCCUACAAAAUUCGUAAAUCACGAGAUGACUCUGACGAAGUAAACGGCCUUAAAGACAGUAAGACUGCAGAUAAUGAAAUGUUAGAUGAUUCGAAAACUACACUUAAUCCAAUUCAUGCAGCUAUUAAAAUUCAGAAAUCAUUUCGAAAAGCUGCACAGAAAGCACCCCAGAUUGUAACUCAGGAAAGUCCAAUAUAUAUGGUAUCUGAAGUUGUGGCUGCAAUUAGAAUCCAAAAUGCUUUCCGUGAUUAUAUUAGACGCAAGGAACGAUCGAAGCCCGAAUGGUUUGUAGGGUCGCAACCUAUAUCUCUAUUGUCAAGUGCUUCGAGCGUUCCAGCUGCGGUUGAAUCACUUGUUGCUACCACAGAUGACAAGAUAGAUUCACCCACACCUGAGUCCGACCACAAUUCACAUAUCGAAUUAAGUAAUUUGGAUGCUCAAAGCAAUGGCUCACUUGAACUGGCUACUGAUAUUGACAACAUUGUUAAUGACUUAUAUUCAAAUAAAGUAUUUGAAACUGAUAAUGGAGAUUCUAAAAAUUUGGCAGGUUUAGCAAAUGAUGAAGUGUUCGAUUCUGUUGAGGAUGUAGGAGCUAUGAAGAGUUCGUAUAUUGAACGAGCCUCCACAGAGGGUGCCACAAUGCGGGAAUUGCUGAACGAGUUUAUAAGGCAAGAGAUCCAAUUCUCUUAUCAUACUGACAACCGAGAGCACAAUAAAGGGAUUGAAGAAGUACAUGAGAUUCAAUGUGUUAAAAGAACUGUGUCACUCUCUAAUCUGGACGAGGAUAAAUCAGACAACGAUGGGCCAGAAAAUAUAAAAGAAGACAAACUGCAGCAUCUCAAUGAAUCGGAAAGUGAGUUGGAUACUCUGGAUAGCGCAGCUCUAAAAUUAUCAAAAGCGGAUCAGAUCAUUGAGAAAAUGUCCCGGCGACGAUCUUCAGAAAUACGAGAGAAACAAGAGAAGGAGGAUUGUAAUAUCAAAGAUUCCGUAUUUGAUGAGCCUCUCGUUCAGCCAAUGAGCGAUUUGCAAGGCCAGAACUCACUAGAUAUUGAGGAUGGUGAUAUCGUAUAUAAGCGCCUGCAACGAGAUGAAACUCGGGAGAGCUCAGCCCAAAGCGAGUCUGUUAUAUUUGGAAAUGCUGAUGAAGACAGGGCUAUGUCGAAUGAUCCGGAAAUUGCAAGAUCCCAGCUAUCUCGGCAUUACACGAUAGCCGGUGACGAUCCAAAAACUAUUUUUAAGUCCGUGAUAAUUACCGAUUCAGUUAAAUAUAUUGACGAUGAAAAUGAGAAUGCUAUCGAUGGCUCCAAGGGUAGCAGCAGUUUCUGUUUGGACGACGAAACGUCUGAAAACAUUCGCAAAAAGAUGAUGGCAUAUUCCUUGUCGGAAGCGGACUCCGAUUACUGUGACCCGAAUAAAAUCAUGAAGGACGACUUUCAUAUAGACACUGCAAUGGCAGAUGCCAUGGACACAUCCACAGAAACCGAAUCGACAAUUGUUUCCGCUGCUGCUAAGAUACAGGCAGGCGCACGGGGAUUUCUAACUAGGCGACGAUUGCGACGGGCCAGUGCAGGCACCAAGUCAUCUACCCAGGAAACCAAGGCAUCUUUCGGGAAUGAUGCUAUAAGCGAAUCAUUAGAACGCUUCAUUGAAGAGGAAGCUGCUAAGAAAAUUCAAACAGCAUAUCGAUUGCAUACUAAGAAGCCCAAACACCAGGCACUGGGUCAUAGAAAUGGCUCCAGUCUGGAAAGCACCUUGGCAGCCAAACGGCAAAUGCUUCAGCGCGGAGACGCUUUGCAAAAUGAUUCGAAUUCUUCCCCAGAGAAUGAAAAUACCGAUGGCAUCUCCGAGGGCCAGUUAAAGAAACCUAUUGAGACGAUUUCGUCGCCAAACAAAGGUACGCGAUCAAUUAAGAGAGCUGAUAUGCGACUGAAUUGGCCUGUUUUGAGACAAAACUCCAUGCCAGUGCAGAUCGAAUGCGAAGUCCUAAGAGUUAUCCCCAAGCACAGGCGCAGACGCAUAAGAAGCGCCCAGGAUAAAAACAAGAAAAAUUAAACGUCACAUUUCAAUUAAUUAAAGUUAUCUAAUAUUAGUAUCUAAUAACAGUAGAAAAAUAAAUAUAUACUCAAAACUAUAAA